AUGGCCGCCGACUUUGAGAAACAGUCCUACUGGCAUGACCGCUUCACCUCAGAGACAUCCUUCGAGUGGCUCCUCUCCUCACACGACUUCAUGUCCAUCAUCACACCACACCUACCACCCCACCUGGGCCCCGACGCGCGCAUCCUGCACAUUGGCUCCGGGACGAGCGCGCUGCAGAACCACUUCCGCGCACGGGGCAUCCUGAACGUAACCAACAUUGACUACGAGCCCCUCGCCGCUGAGCGAGGCAAGGCCCUCGAGAAGGAAGCCUUUGGGGACGUCAAGAUGACUUACGACGUGGCGGACGCUACAAACCUCCAGCCGAGGGAAAGGUACGACCUCGUCGUCGACAAGAGCACAGUGGACGCCAUCGCCUGCGGCGGGGACGAUGCCGUCCGGCGCAUGGCGCAGAGCGUGGCAUUGUGUUUGGCGGAGGGCGGCGUGUGGAUUUCGCUGAGCUUCUCCGCCCAUCGCUUCGACCUCCCAGACUUGCCCCUGGAUGUGCAGACGGUGGCGCAUGUCCCGACGCAGAAGCGCAGUGAGAAUGAUCCGGAUAUUUUCCACUACUGCUAUCGUCUUCGGGCGCGAUAG